ACAAGCAGCAAUUGACGUGGACACGCAAUUCAGAGAAUUACUAUACGGUAGUACUAUCGAUACGUGAUCUGGCUUUGAAUCCAAUUGAGCCGCUAUACCAUUACUGUCUUCUCAAUUUUGAAUCAUAAUUUUGACUCCUCAAUUCCAAUUCCACAAUUACAAUCUUGUUUGUACUCUACAAUAUUCAAUUGUACAAUUAGAUUGAUUUUGAGACUGACUUUAAUUUUAUCUUAAUUAUAUUAAUUUGAUAGUUAUUCUCGCUAUGGACGAAAACUACGACGUCAUCGUGUUGGGCACAGGUUUGACCGAAUGUAUUCUCUCCGGGAUCUUGUCGGUAGAAGGCAAGAAGGUGUUACACAUCGACCGCCAGGACUUCUACGGUGGAGAAUCGGCAUCGUUGAACUUGUCCCAGUUGUAUACCAAGUUUAGACCUUCGGCUCAGAGACCGGAAUUGAAGGGCAGAGACCGGGACUGGUGUGUAGACUUGAUUCCUAAGUUCUUGAUGGCCAACGGCGAGUUGACUAACAUCUUGGUUCACACGGAUGUGACUCGUUAUAUCGACUUCAAGCAGAUUGCUGGCUCGUAUGUGUACCGGAAUGGCCGGAUUGCCAAAGUUCCUGCCAAUGAGGUCGAGGCUCUUAGAUCUAACUUGAUGGGCCUCUUUGAAAAGAGAAGAAUGAAGCGUUUCUUGGAAUUCAUUCAGAAUUAUGACGAAGACACGCCAUCGACCCACCAGGGUUUCAACUUAGAUACCAACACCAUGAACGAGAUUUAUACCCAUUUCGGACUCGAGAAUGGAACCAAGGACUUCAUUGGUCAUGCCAUGGCCCUCUGGCACACGGACGACUACUUGAACGAUGUGGCACGUCCAACUUACGAACGUAUCAUCUUGUACGUUCAAUCAGUAGCCAAACACGGUAAGUCCCCUUAUCUCUAUCCAUUGUACGGUUUGGGUGAGUUGCCUCAAGGAUUUGCCAGAUUAUCUGCUAUCUAUGGAGGAACCUUUAUGUUGGAUACUCCAAUUGACGAAGUGUUGUACGACGAGACUGACGGAGUCAAAAAGUUUGCUGGUGUUGUCACUAAAGAAGGCACAGCAAAGGCUCCUAUCGUUAUUGCUGAUCCUACGUACUUUCCUGAAAAGGUGAAAAAGACUGGUGCCAGAGUCAUCAGAGCUAUGUGUAUUUUGGAGCAUCCAGUUCCUAACACAGGUGACACUGACUCAGUCCAGAUCAUCAUUCCACAGAACCAAGUUGGUCGCAAACAUGAUAUCUACAUUGCUGUUGUCUCCGAUGUCCACUGUGUUGUACCAAAGGGCUAUUACUUGGCUAUUGUUUCGACUAUUAUCGAGACAGACGCUCCUCACAUUGAGUUGGAACCAGCUUUCAAAUUAUUGGGUCCUAGAAUCGAUACCUUGAUGGGCAUCACCGAGAUCUACGAGCCCAUCAACGACGGCACCGCUGACGGAAUCUACAUCUCCAAAAGCUACGACUCAUCCUCACACUUUGAGUCAACCACGGACGACGUCAAGGACUUGUACUUCCGUAUCACUGGCAAGCCCUUGGUGUUGAAGAAGAGAUCGACUACUGAAGAAGAACUGCAGGACGAGGCUACCAUCGGAGGUCUUUAGGUACAUUGAUAUAUACGACUUGAUUAGUAUACAAUAUUACGAUUUAUUAAGACAU